AACAUCACCAAUAUCGCAAUCCAACCAAGAGAGAGAAAAAAAAACCCUAUUUUUUAGAGAGAGAAAAUAAGCACAGCCCUAGAAAUCUAUACAAACAGAUAAGGACUUGUGCAACUCAUACACUACACUAGAGAUAGAGAGAGAGAAUCACCAUUAUUUUCUAUUUUUUUAUUUCCCCUUUUUUAUUUUUUUCAAUUUAAUAAUAACCCUUUUUCUCUUUCUCCAUGGUUGCUGAGUAAUUUGCUUUCUUUGCACUCACUCACACUGUGGUUCUUUCUUUAUACCGCUCGAAAAACCAUUACUUUCUUUGAUUUUGUUAACAAUCACUAGCUUCAAUUUGUUCACAGGUGAAACUUGAGAUUUGCAACAUACCCUUUUGAUCCUGCUCACAAAUAGCUUGGUCAAUAUUGGUGAUCAAAAUUUCUUGUCAAAGAAGGCAUUUGAAGUUAAAUGCAUGGAUCACGUGGACCAUAUGGCGCUAUCUGGUUCGGCAUCUUACUAUAUGCAGCAGCAGAGAGAACUAGCUGUUUCUGGACCACUACCUGAGUUACAUGUUUCGCCGAGUAUUCGCCCAUUGUCUAAUCCCAAUAAUCUACCAUUUCAAUCCAACAUUGGUGGUGGUCACAUCGGAUCCUCAUUGCCCUUAGAAUCGUUGGCAAUUUCAUCUCACGCUGUCAAUGUGGAUGGUCCUACUGGGGUGUCAACCGGAGAGACUGUGAAAAGGAAGAGAGGAAGGCCUCGGAAAUAUGGCUCUGAUAGAGUUGUGUCAUUGGCGCUGAGUCCAAGUACAACACCAUCUAGUAAUCCUAUAACUGUGACACAAGACGGCCAGAAACGCGGGAGAGGGCGUCCACCUGGGAGUGGGAAGAAGCAGCAAUUGGCUUCUUCAGGUGAGUCGAUACCUGAUUCAGCUGGGAUUGGAUUUGCCCCUCAUGUCAUCCAGAUUCCAAGUGGAGAGGACAUUGCAGCAAAAAUAUUGGCGUUUUCUCAGAUGCAGGCUAAAGCUUUAUGUGUUAUGGCAGCUGAAGGUCAUGUCUCAAUUGCCACACUUCGGCAGCCUUCAACUUCAGGCGGCACUGUCAAAUUUGAGGGAAAUUUGGAGUUACUGUCCAUGUCAGGCUCUUACUUGCCAACUGAUAGUGGCAGCUUACGGAAUCGAACUGGUGGACUAAGUGUUACCCUUGUUAGUCCUGAUGGCCGAGUCGUUGGUGGAGGAAUUGGCGGUGUGCUCAUUGCAUCAGAUCUUGUCAAGGUGACAGUUGGGACCUUUCAGUGGGGUAGAUUAAAGGGAAAGUACAAGAAAAAGGGAAGCUCACAAGAUGCAUCAGUAGUUGCUGUGGAAUCAGAUCACCAAGGAAUUCAUAAUCCAGUUGCACUGAAUAGCAUUUUACCAAAUCAACAAAAUCUUACUAGUCCAACCUCAUCCUUAAGUCCUUGGUCUGCAUCGCGUCCGAUGGAUAUGCGAAAUUCCCAUGUUGACAUUGAUUUAAUGCGUGGAUGACGCUUUAAUAUACACUAGUAGUGUGUAUAUAUUUCAGAUUCAUGGUCACUCCUCUAAUAUUCUUUUAGUAGUGAUGACAGAAUGGAAAGUACCUACAGCAGAGUAGAACUAGCUGACUUUUGCAAUUGAUGAAUUCAAUUGGGGUUGUUCUCAUUUUUUUGUAACUGAGGAUAUUUAAUUUGGAGAUUUCAUGUUCCUUAUUGAUAAUGAUACAUUAUGUCCUAUUUGGAAAAACAUAACUUGGGUUAGGUGUUUUUUUAUGUGGUUUUGAAACAUCAAUUACGACUCAUAAUUUAAUGUGAUUUGUCUCAUUGAACUGCUGAGAUUGCAGAAGUGAAA